AUGGUACCGAGAGGCAACAUCGCCGGCCCUUUGUUGCCGCCCUUGACCACCACCAUGACAUCGCCCGUGAUCCGCAUUGCUAGCACCCCAUUCCCUACAUUCCAUUUGCCGUGGUCCAGCCUUGUGGGUUCAAUCAGGAUGGCUUGCGAGUUCGAGAUGACGAUCGCAUUCAUCUUUGACACCUUUGGAAUCUGCUUAAUGGAAGUCGUUGUUCGACUCACCUCGCAAGGAAAGCCCAUUUCUUGGGAAGCAUCAUGGACGAGUUGGCUCGACCUGAAGAACCACUUUGACUACGAAUGGACGAGGUCCAACCACCCGUUCCCAGCCAGUCUGUUGGUGGCUUCACCCAGACAAAGCUGGGUUCUUACAGGGAAGUUCGGGACAAGCUCAUGGAGUGGAAGAUUGGACACCAGACAAUUCGAGUCGCCCUUCCAUAUCGAGAGGCCCAUAUUCGACCAUGUUAACGAGGAACACGGUGUUCCGCCCAGGGGCUGGUUGCAGGUGGUCCCACGGCUUGAGAGGAAGGCACGCAGGAACUGCCUGGACAAGUUGAGCAGGGGCAGGAGGGUGCCUUCCCACCCAGGGCCACGCAACCAGCGAGCAGAAGUCUUGAGGACUUUCUUCAGGCAGGCCGUGGCCCCGUGUUCUCAUGUCUUCAAGCAACCAUCAUCGAAAAUGCCCGCUGUUAUCAAAGAGUUCGCCGGGCUCUUGGCCCGCUUCAAGCAGUUCGUUCGCCCGUCCCGGGGCACGGGGGUGCCCGCGGGAGAUGAUUCUUGUCUCCCGGAGGAGGGAGUGCCCAUCUCUCUCUUUCUCUGGCAAGAUGAUGAUCCCUCGGUGCCGCCUCCCCCUCCCCCCUACGUCCCUCCCUCCUCCUCUUCUCUGCCACCCUCCCCUCCGCCACCAUCCCCCCUUCCCAAGAAGAGGGCGGCUGUUGCCGUGGCUCGGCCAGCCAAGAAGCCAAAGAAAAUCUAA